UGGUGACAACCUGUGCGUGCUUGGUGACCGGCGGGGGCAUAGAGGUUCAUUCAGCAAAAAGCCAGGCCGACUUGCGGAAGGGUUUUAGUAAUUUCUCGGCGGAUUUUUAUCGGGAAACUUUGAAGAUGCAUCGGGCCUACCAACCGAUCACCCCGGCUGGCAACAAGUUGUUACAGCAGAAAUGGGACGACAAAUACUACAACGAGCACAGGGACUUGGUCCGGACAGCAAAGCCGAUGGUAGACACGAGGGCCCCUCGUACAUACGUGCACAUGCACAUGAAGCUUAGAAAACUACAGCUGGAGGAAGAGAGACUGGCUACCAUCGAGAGAGACAACCGCAUCCUUCUGGAGAAGAUGUCUCACAUCAUGCGCACAAAGGGCCGCGUGGACAACCGGAACGAAUACGAGCACCACAGUCUGAACCGUGAGAAACGCCAGCGGGAGUUGAUGCGCAUCACCAAGGAGAACCAGGAGAUCCUGAAGCGAAUCAUGAAGCGGGAGCCGGAGUACGAUCACGCCAAGUGGCAACGGGAGUGGGAAAAGAACGAACAGUUCAUGGACAACAUCGCACGCUACCCGAAGGGCUGGUACGACGAAUGGAAGGGUGAAGAAGAAAAGAGAAGGUCCAUGUCAAGAAUGAGCUCUGGUAAAAAAUCUGGCCGCAAAUCCCAGGGUGUUCCUCUCUUUGUGCUUCAGCAGGACUUUACACCGCGAGCCAAGCCUCCCCGAAGUGGCCAGUCCCCAGGCAGAACUGGCAGAACUAGCCAGAUCUCGGGCAGAACUAGCCAGGUGUCGGGCAGGCUUAGCCAGUACUCGGGGAGAUCUAGCAGGAUAUCGGGCAGGUCUAGCGCUAUGUCCUGCCAGUCCUCUGUUAGCCAAGCCCCCCGGAAAGGUCCUUCCCGUCAGCAAAAAUCUCGCGAGACAUCCCGGCAGUCUACAAGACGUUCAUCGGAACAGACCCCACGGAAGAAGAGCCGAACGAAAUCAGAGAGGAAGGAGAGCACCCAAUCAGAAGACAGAAAAGAAGAUGCCGACCAAUCAAAAGAUGCAAAACAAACUGACGAACCAGAGAAGCCAAAGGAAGAAGAGGGGGCAGCAGGAGGAGAAGAGGAACCCAAGAAAGAAGUAGAAGAAGAAGAAGAGUAGAGUAGAGAAAUGUGCAAAGAUGAUAGUUUCAACAGUAGAGGUGCAGAUAAGUCUCCCAUAGUGGCAAGAUAUACCUAAAGAAGCUAGAUACAUAAUGCACAAAAGAUAAGUUACUCAAGCAACUGGACAGAUUUUGUAAAUGGUCACAUUUCAGGUAGCAUCCAUUACCUUUUGUCAGUCACUGACAAAUAGAAAUAGUAGGUGUCAGUUGCUUAGUAAAUUUUAUCUUGUGUAUCUUGGAUAUCUAACUUUCAUUGUUGUGAAGUCUGUCUUUUCCCUAUAGCCAAAUCAGUGAAACAUUUCUUGUUCAUAGGGAAGAAUUAACAGUAUUUUGAAGUGCCUUCACAAUAGAAAAUUUCUGGUCUGUGCCUCUAACAAAGGCAACUGGUACACUGAGACUAAGUAAUGUGGUCAUUGUACAUGUAGUAGUCUUUUAGAUACCAUCAAAGAAAGGAUAUUUGAUUUGAUUAACAUGUAUUUGGAUUUACAGCACACUACGUUUGAUAACUUCUCCAGGCCUAACAUGUAUUAAGAGUAUGUACAAAUAGGACAAGUGAAACCAGAAGCUUAUGCUGCUACAACGUAUAUUAUAGUGUGAGAGUGUAUGAUUUAGUUAACCUGGUAUAUUGAAUACUGUGACAUAUCUUGACAUAGCUUGUGUAUCAUAGCAUAAUGCAUUUGUAUGACAUUUUCUGUCAAAGAUAUCCAACCAAAAUGUUAUAACAAACAUUAAUCUAUUGUUAAAGACUAAACAUCCUAACUGAAUAUCUGUAGCUGCUGUUUGUUUUAAUUGAGU